ACCAAGGAUGUGAGUCCAGUGCAUCAGCUCCAAUAAAUCAGCAGAUGCUUGACUUGAAUUUGACACUUUCUUUCCAGGAAAAGUUGAAUGAUCCCAGAAUUACAUCGAUGUUAAAGAGGAAGGCAAGACAAGGAGAUCUUGAACUUAGUGUUCAUCCUUGAUACCGUGGUUGUUGGAGUUUUUUCGUCCAGAGCCUAUAAACCUUAUAAAUGCGGCACACCAACAGUUUGAAUUUGGCAUUGUGGUGUUGCUUUUGUCUCCUGUCAUAUGUUCAAUACUGGCGUUCCUUCGGUCUCUUCAACUGGAAGAGCUAGCCAUGACUUCGAAGCCACGCAACGUAUUUUUCCUUUCAAUCCCUCCUCAUCAUGCUUUUAUAAAAUUUUCUACAUUUUGUGUUGUCUCUUUCUUAUUUUUUUGGCUUCCUAUUUGUGUAUUUAUGUGACAACCAAAGUUGGUAAACCAAUUUAUAUAAUAGAGAAAGAGAUGGAAGAAGAAAUAUCGAUGCAGAGACGCGAAGAGGAAGGAAGGGGUAAAGAGAGGAGGAGAGCUCUUCUAGAGAAAGAAGAACGCAAAUGGAAAGAGAUAGAAGCUUCUCUUAUGUCAUCUAUUCCCAAUGCUGGCAACAGAGAAGCAGCUGCUGUUCGUGCAGUUGGAGGUGAUUCAGUUUUUGAUGAUUCUUUUGCUCGUGAGAGAGUUUCAAGCAUUGCACGCCGCAUACGUGCAGGCCAGUUAUCUCGGCGAGCACUCCAGCGCUUCAGUAACAUAGAUGAGGACUACGAUGUUCUGAUUAUGAGACUGUUACUUAUUGACGAAGGCUAUGUCUAAAAUAUCCCUAGUCGCAUUUUAUGAUAAUACGGACAUCAUAACGUAUCAAGACUAGUACGUACGAGAUGAGAUAGUUGCGUCUCAUAGACUAUAGGUAU